GUUGUAAAGAGAAAAGGCCUUGUAAGACGGAAGUUCGCUCUGGGUGAGAUCACCCAGUCGUCUUAACGGGGCCCAAGAUGAGCCGGAGGGCCAAGCCAGGAGCCCGAGUGCAGCAGGAAAAUGUACCAUCUAACUUACUCCAGGACCAUGAAAACCAACAAGUGUUUGAACUCCUGGGCAGGAAAUGCACGGCCAUGGUCACAACAGUGGCCCAGCUUUUCCUGGCUUUGCCACAAGGCAGCAGAAACUGGUCCAAGCAGGGCUCGGGUGUCCUGUGCUUCGUGAAGGAUAACCCCAGGCGUUCCUACUUCAUCCGCUUCUACAAUCUCAAGGACAGGAAGAUGACCUGGGAGCAAGAACUGUACACUCAGCUGGUCUAUACUGCAACUACCUCUUAUUUCCAUACCUUCCCAGGAGAUGAGUGCACUGUGGGGCUAAAUUUUGCUGCUGAGGAUGAAGCAGGCAUUUUUCAACAAACGGUGGAGGAAAAGAUCCAGAAGAGGAACCAAAAGAUGGAAAACAGACAACUGCCUCCACCACCACCUCCAGUCAAUGGGGACAGAAGAACAGUUGGUCCUCGAUAUUCACCACCCGGGGCUGACCUGAAUGGACCUGGUAUGCAGCCAACCCCCCCUUCGCCUGCUCUCCCACUCACAACUGUUGACAUACAGAAUCCAGACAUCACCUUUUCCCGCUACCGUGGGCUCCCAGUUCCCACUGCAGUGGAUAAGAAGAAGGGGAAAAAGAAGAUUUCCAAGGCUGACAUUGGAGCUCCAAGCGGGUUCAAACAUAUUCAGCACAUUGGAUGGGAUCCCAACAAUGGUUUUGAUGUGAAUAAUUUAGACCCUGAUUUGAAGACCCUUUUCUCCCAGGCGGGCAUCAGUGAGGCCCAGUUAACUGACGUGGAGACAUCAAAGCUCAUCUAUGAUUUCAUUGAAGGCCAAGGAGGACUGGAGGCUGUGAAGGAAGAGAUCAGGCGACAGGGUCCAAACCAUCCUCCUCCCCCUCCCCCAAGCCGUUCUGGCCCCUUGCCCCCACCACCUGGCCACAGCCGAAGCAGUCCUCUCCCACCAAUCCCAGGAGCCCCACCUGUCUCAAACAGGGCCCCCAUCCCUCCCACACCGCAGCCCCCUCGGGGACACCCCAAUCAGUGGGCACCCCCUCCACCUGCUUCUCGCAGUGGGCCCAGCCGUCCUCCCCCACCUUCCGCUGGAGCAGCCCCACCCCCGCCUCCCCCGCCCCCUCCACCACCACCCCCUCCCCAAAGUCAGGGCCCGGCUCCCUGUGCACCCCCUCCUCUGCCUUCUGGGGGAUUUCUUUCUCCAGGGACUCAGCCUCCCGCCCCCUCCAUGGGCCGUGGUGCAUUGCUGGAUCAGAUACGGCAAGGAAUACAACUCAACAAGACCCCUGAUGUGUUGGACUCACCACCGCCUGUUGAGAGCUCUGAAGGCCUGGUAGGGGCUCUUAUGCAGGUGAUGCAGAAAAGGAGCAAGGCCAUCCAUUCCUCAGAUGAAGAUGAAGACAACGGAGAUGAAGAUGAAGAUGAUGAAUGGGAGGACUAAGGCCAGACGGAAACCAGGCACAAAGCCUGAUCCUUCUGUCAACCCGUUGUUGAGACUGCUGUGGGCUUUUAGUCUUGUGUCUCCGUGCAAGAUGUGCAGAUCCUUCUGGUAUCCAAGAGAUGCCGGGGCAGCUCAGUUUUUGUAUUGGUAGCAAAAGACCAUUAUUUUCCCUUCCUCUUCUCUGGCAUCACUUAAGCCUAAGCAUAAUUCCCAUUUUCUUCCCACAGUUUUGCACCUGUAUGUCUUUGACAAUUUUAGAAAGUGAGGAUGUAAUCCCACCUUUUUCGAACUUUGCCUUGACAAUACCACCCUUAAUCUGCAGUGUUUAUGUUUCUAAGAGCCAUAUCAACUUUCACCCAACCCCCUCAUCUUUCUUUCUUUUCCCACCCAGCCAUCUAGUAAUUUCCAACAAGUGGGCCCCCUUUGAGGCCAACAUGAAGGUAUGAUGUUGAUAGGUGAGAAGAAUGUAAGAAAAACCUUUGUAUAAAAUAACCUGUACGUUGAAAUCUUAGUUGUCUAAAUUCUUUGCAAAGUUUUAAAGAUAUACUGGUAUAUGGAUUCUUUUGCAUUAGCAUUUUUGGUAUGUAUAGGGAUAGAGGGAGGAGGCAAACAAUAAUUAAAGUUGUCUUUCCCAACCUUUUUGACCUGGAGGAAUCCUUGAAAAUCAUUAUUAUUUCAAGGAUUAUUUCAAGAAAAAAAAGGAUUAUAUCUACAGCUUUAAAAGGGUUUCUUUCCCAAUUAAAUAUCUCACAGAAUGCAUAGCAAGUUUUUGUGAAGCCCUAUGGAUGGCUAUGGACCCUGCAAUAAAAAUUAAAGUGACCUUGAAAUAUGGCAGAAACAUUUAUUGAAAUAUGUGUGGGGAAGCAAAAUGCCAGAUUUGACUACAUUGAAUCUAGCUUUAAAAAAAUGUUUCAAAAACAAUUAUUGUUUCAUACACUCACAGAGCAAUAUCUUCUUAUUAAAGCUGUAACUUCCUCCAUACUCGAUCCUAUACCUCCCAGUCUCUUGGAUCAGUUUUUAAGGGAUAUAACUAAAGAAGGGAUGUGCAAAAAAACUCAAUUUCAUAAAUUUUGUUCUGUCCAAGGAAAGGAGAUUGCUUGUAAUCCUAACAUGCCUGUUGGACAAAAUAUGAAAACAAAAGCAGUACUAGGAAACUGUCAUUUUAGAUUUAAAUAUCUAUGGCACAAUAUUAUAGUAAUAAGAUGCAAUACAAUUAAGGAGCACUGCACAGGAAAUCCUAGCUUCACCCUGGGUAUUUGGAGACUGUGGAUAAAGCAAGUUGUUAAGAGGCACAAACCAUCUCUGAUUUUUCUUUGCUGAUGAAAAUCCUCUGAAAUUUCUGAGGUUGCCAUAUAUCAAUAGGCACACUGAAGGCACAAACACAUAUAUACACAUUAAGUCAGUGGCUCUCAACCUGUGGGUCCCCAGGUGUUGUGGCCUACAACUCCCAGAAAUCCCAGCCAGUUUAAUAGCAGUUAGGACUUUUGGGAGUUGAAGGCCAAAACAUUUGGAGACCCACAGGUUGAGAACCACUGCAUUAAGUCUUUCCAAAAUCUAAUGACUAGGGGCAUUCUAACCAGAUGUGUAGAAGGGAGCUCCGUUUCCAUCACCCUCUUCCAUUGGGCUAGAGAUUUGGGAAUGCAACAAUGUGACUUUUUUUGCUUUGUACAAAAAUAACUUUAAUCCUGCUUUGCAGCCCGAAUUCAACCUCAUGGACCAUCUGUAAAGGCUGUUUUUAACUUAGCAUCUACAAUAAACAUAUCACUGUCUACUAA